GGAAGUGAUGGAGUCACUGUCCUCGGUGCUGAAAUCGAAUGAAACCUAAAGAAUGGAUCUGAUCCGUUUCUGUGUAACGAAAACUUGUAAAAUAUCGCGAGAAAAAGAUCUUAAAUGUUAGCUUGGUGCUUGAUUUGAGCACAGAUGAGUUUAGUGGGUGUGACCGCGAGCGGAUGAAACACCAGCGCGUGCCACGCUAAAAGCCUGCACGCGGUGCCGGAGAGAACCCCGCUCACACGAGAGUGAGCGCGUGCGAGGGAGAGGGGAAGCAGCGCGGGCUCCGCCUUCACGAGCCCACAUCCAGCUGUGAAGCGGCUGAACGCUCCGCGAGACCCCGAGUUUAAUCCGCGCGCGGCGCUGGGAUCCCCGUGAGCCCGGCGGUGUAGGGCACGCGGGUGGCAGGAAGGGGGGUCGACGACGACCUGCGCGUGGUGGUGUCGGGGAAACACCCCAAAAAAGAUCAACCGCAGGUGCCUGCAGCCAUGAGCGGCUCGCGCCGUCCGCCGGAGCCGCCUCGCCCGCGGAACACGACGUGAGGUGGGGCUCCGCUGAGGAGGAAGGAAGGAAGGAAGGAAGGCGGCCGUGUGGUGGUCGAGAAGAUGUCCGCCUCGGUGGGGCCCCAGGGCGGCCCUCGCCCACUCGCCGUGCCGCUGUCCAUGCCGGACCUGCCGGACCUGAGCCACCUGACCGAGGAGGAGAGGAGCAUCAUCAUGGCGGUGAUGGCUCGGCAGAAGGAGGAGGAGGAGAAGGAGCAAGCCAUGUUAAAGACACUGCACCAGCAGUUUGAGAGCUACAAACAAGAGGUGCGACGAAUCGGCGCUGAGACGAGGCGCCAGCAGACCCAGCAAAAAGACGACGCACCCACAUGUGGCAUCUGUCGUAAGACGAAGUUUGCAGACGGCUGCGGACACCUCUGCUCCUACUGCCAGACCAAAUUCUGCGCUCGCUGCGGAGGGCGGGUCUCCCUCCGAUCCAACAAUGAGGACAAAGUGUGUCUGAUAGUGAAGGACAGGGUAAUGUGGGUAUGCAACCUGUGCCGUAAGCAGCAGGAGAUUCUCACCAAAUCAGGAGGAUGGUUUUCGGGGUCGGGGGCGCGGUCCGGGAGCCUGGACACCUCCUCGAACGACCCGACCACGGGAGGUGAGGCCAAUCGGGACAGGAAGCUGCUCCGCUCCAGGUCCCAAGCUCCGUCUUCCAACACCGGGCCAGGGGACGGGACGCAGCCUCCCUCCAGAGUCACCGUUAUCAGGAGGGGGGACACCAUGUCUGGCUCUCGCUCCCAAAGUGAGCCACCCAAAGAAAAGAAAAGACCAGUGUCCCUCCAUGAACAAAACGGAAGGGGAGGAUUGGGCCGUGGAAGUGGCCGUCGACCUGCCGGAAAGCUGCAGUCGCAGUCAUCCCUGGACGAGCGCAUCGUUUCUGGAGAAAGAGGAGAAACCAGGCUGGGAGAUGAACGGCGGCUGGAGAAGAUUCACUCCCAAGACUACGAGGACGGAGACGAGAGCCAGCAGAGGCGCCCGGAGAACAAGGAACAGAGGGAGAGGCAGCGGCGCGAGGAGGAGUUCCAGAAUCGCUACCGAAGUGACCCCAACUUAGCCAGAUACCCGGUGAAACCGCAGAAAGAGGAGCAGGAGAUGCGCAUGCAUGCCAAGGUAUCUAAGGUGCGGCACGAACGCCGGCACAGCGACCUUGCGAUCAAUGAGGUCGGGCUCGGGCCGGGUGAAGGCGGGGGCGUUACUGGAGGUCAGGUGCCUGAAAACCGCCUUGCCAGGAGGGCUGGAAGGCGGGAAGGAGAGCGCAAAGCCCUCCUGGAUAACCACCAGGCUUACCCUACGGAUAGGACCGUGGGGGUGGGAGUUGGGGGAUCGCCUGCAGGAGUCGGAGUACGAUCUGGACCCCAACCGGGGGGACCAGCAACAAACAACAACCGCAGAGAGCCUGGUACAACACGGACGCCAAAGGACAAAGAAGGGGCAGACCUAGUCAGGAAGGACUCCCAAAGCUCGGAUCAGUCAGAAUCUUUGCGGCCGCCCCCUUCGCGGUCCUACAAGAGCAAGCGCGGAAUCAACAAGAGACAGAUGUCCAUCAGCAGCUCAGAGGAGGAGGGCGGCUCCACGCCCGAGUACACCAGCUGUGAGGACGUGGACAUGGAAAGCGUCAGCGAGAAAGGUGACUGGGACUGUCAUCCUUUAGAUCCCACAGCGUGGCAUCACCCAGUUUCGUGGCAGCCGUCCAAAGAGGGCGACCACCUGAUCGGACGCAUCACACUAAGCAAGAGGUCGGCCAUGCCACGAGAGGCUGGCUCUCUCCUGGGUCUGAAAGUGGUGGGGGGGAAGAUAACACAGUCGGGAAGACUUGGGGCCUUCAUCACCAAAGUUAAAAAAGGCAGCCUGGCAGAUGUAGUGGGACAUCUGCAUGCAGGUGACGAGGUGUUGCAGUGGAACGGGAAAUCGCUGCCAGGAGCCACCAAGAAAGAAGUGUACAACAUCAUUCUGGAGUCCAAGGCCGAGCCUCAGGUGGAGAUUGUGGUUUCAAGACCGAUUGGAGACAUCCCAAGAAUCCCCGGAUCCCCCCACCCUCCUCUAGAAUCCACAGGUUCCAGUUCCUUUGAGUCACAGAAGAUGGACCGUCCCUCUAUAUCAGUGAUGUCCCCCACCAGCCCGGGUACGCUUCGAGACCUCCCCCUGGUGCUGCCUGGACAGCUCUCUGUGAAGCUGUGGUACGACAAGGUAGGCCACCAGCUGAUCGUCAACGUUCUUCAAGCCAAAGAUCUGCCCCCUCGACCUGACGGCCGACCUCGGAACCCAUACGUCAAAAUGUACUUUCUACCCGAUAGGAGCGAUAAGAGCAAACGAAGGACCAAAACAGUGAAGAAAAGUGCUGAACCCAAAUGGAACCAGACCUUCAUCUAUUCCCACGUCCACCGACGAGACUUCCGAGAGCGCAUGCUGGAGAUCACGGUCUGGGAUCAGCCUCGGAUCCAGGAGGAGGAGAGUGAAUUCCUGGGAGAGAUCCUGAUUGAGCUGGAGACGGCCUUGUUAGACGACACCUCGCACUGGUACAAACUCCAGACGCACGACGUGUCCUCCAUUCCCCUGCCCCAGCCCUCUCCGUACCUCCCUCGCCGUCACGUCCACGGAGACAGCCCCAGCAAGAAGCUCCAGAGGUCUCAUCGCAUCAGCGAUACAGAGUUUGAUGAUGGUUUGCUAGUUGGGACUGAAGGUGCAGAGCGGCACUCCCGGGAUCGAGAGCGGAGCAGCACGUUGGCUGUGCCAGAGCAGCAGCGGGCCGUCCAGCACCGCUCCCGCUCGGUGUCUCCUCACAGAGAAGACUCCUGCAGGGCCCGGUCUCGGCCCGCCCACGUACCCAUGCAGAGGAGUUUGGAUGAGAUCCAUCAGAACCGGCAGCACUCCCCUUCCUGCUACCACGAGCCGCAGCUGGAGCACCAACGCUCCGGAGACUCCGACUACGAAUACUCCGAGGACAGCGAGGUCCAGGACACGCACAGGUCUAUCAGGGGCGGGAGUGCUGAGUGCCUGCACACUAACAGGAGUGUAGGUAGAUACAGCAGCACACUCCCCCCCAAAAUGCCCCUGUUAGUAAACGGUAUCCAUAAAGACAUUUACAGCUCCACCCUCCCUGCAUGUCUAAAGAGCAAGCCCCCCCACAGGCAGCAGGAGGGCGACACCUUGCCCCGUAGCGCCCUCGCGCACCGCGUGCUCAGGUUCACAGACGAGGUCACUGUUAGCGACCUGCAGCCGUCGUUGGACAGAGUGAGGAGCGCCAGCACCACCUGUCUGAGGCCGGACACGGGCUUUCACUCCUCCGAGAGAGACAGGCAGUGCAGCAGCUCAUCCGGCCUGAACUGCGCAGGCGGCAGCGGGAGAGGCCUGGAGGGGGACAGAGUGCAUCCUCAUGGCGGUCAAUCCCCCCCGCCUUCGGCCGGCCGCAGGGGGAGGCAGCUGCCGCAGCUCCCGGCGAAGAGCAGCAGCAUCGAACAAGCUCUGGCGGUGGAGGAGCGCGCCCGGCAGCUGCAGAUGAAGGUGCAUUCCUGUCGGCCUGCAGCCUCCCACGACCCCAACAUGGACCUCAAGGCCAAGCGGGAGAUGUACGCGGAGCAGAGGCGCAGCAGCGACAACAUGUCUGCCCGCUCGUCCGACAGCGACAUGAGCGACGUGUCGGUUCUCUCCCACGCCAGCAGUGCCUCCCGCCUCAGCAGCGCCAGCUACAUGUCCAUCCAGUCCGAGCGGCCCGGGGGCCGGCUCAGAUCCAAGUCUUUAGAGGAGGACAAGAAGGACAGGAGGAUCUCAUGGGGGAUGAGCGGGGAGGAGGAGAGGAGGAGGGCGGCAGGGAAGAGGCGCUUCUCAGCCGAGUUGAAGCGCAGGAGGCACACUGUGGCAGGAGACACCGGGGAGUCCAGCCGGCAGAUGCGAUCGUCCAUGGGCCGGAGCAUGAUGAAGAGCUCCAGCGUAAGCGGCGAGAUCUACACGCAGGAGCGCAACGAUGGUAGCCAAUCAGAUACGGCGCUGGGCACGGUGAGCAGCGGAGGCAAAAAGAGGCGCUCCAGCCUCAGUGCAAGGGUAGUCGCCAUCGUCGGCAACCGUCGAACACGCAGCACCUCACAGAUCAGUGGGCCUGAAGGGAAGAGUAAGAAGGAGAAGGGCGCUCCCAUUCAGAGGAGCACCGAGAUCGGCAUAGCGGUGGAGCUGACCCGGAACAUGAGCCGCCAGCCCAGCAGAGAGUCCAACAACGGCAGCAUGAACAGCUGCAACUCCGAGGCAAAUUUGAUCUUCUCCGGCAUUAACGUGGGGGCCAGCAGCCAGUUCAGCGACUUCCUGGAUGGACUGGGACCAGCUCAGCUGGUGGGCAGACAAACGCUGGCAACACCCGCCAUCGGUGACAUCCAGAUAGGAAUGAUGGAGAAGAAGGGCCAGCUGGAGGUGGAGGUCAUCAGAGCACGAGGCCUGGUCCAAAAACCAGGAUCCAAAUCUCUCCCAGCUCCCUACGUGAAGGUCUAUCUUCUGAAUAACGGAGCGUAUGUUGCCAAGAAGAAAACCAAGAUUGCACGGAAAACUCUGGACCCUCUGUAUCAGCAGGCGCUGCUGUUUGACGAGAGUCCUCAGGGGAAAGUCCUGCAGGUGAUAGUCUGGGGAGACUACGGCCGCAUGGACCACAAAAGCUUCAUGGGAGUUGCACAAAUCCUCUUGGAGGAGCUGGACCUCUCGAGCACAGUCAUUGGCUGGUACAAGCUGUUCCCACCGGCCUCGUUGGUGGAUCCGACGCUCGCCUCUCUGACCCGCAGAGCUUCUCAGUCGUCCCUCGACAGCUCGUCCGGACCCACCGGAGUCCGAUCUUAGACGAAAUGAGCAGAAAUGUUGAGCAACAAUCAAAAACAGUCGCAACGAGAAAGCUUUGUUGAAAUCUGACAAUCACUCCUGCCGCGGUUCUUUCUGUUUCAGUGUUUCACACGCAUUACCGUCAGCUGAACGCAAACGUUGAGUGUCGCCGGGUGGUUUGUGACCGAAUCAUCGCAGCACAGAAAUGUACGUACGCAUGGGAAUGUAAGGCCUCCACGCCUGCAGGGGGCGCAGUCCUGAUGCCUGCCGCAUGGAUCUUCAGUCUGAAAGCACAGGGCCUUUUUCUGGUGCCUAGAACCUGGAGCCGUGUCCACUCGCCCCUCUGUCCAACAUGUUUACGAAGGCAGCACUCAUCCACACGUGUUUGCUUCUUCUCCUUCGUUACCGCAGCCGCAAAAUGUCUUACGACGAGUGAGACCUUCGCGAUGUCGUCAAUCCGGGCACAGGGAGAAAAAAAGAAGAAGUUCUGCAAAAGGAUCGAUGGUGAUCGUAGACUUUUACACCUAGCUUGUGCUCAUUUCCUGGCCGACGAGAAGGCCAGCCAUCUUUGUACAGGUGUGCUUCAGACCUCUAAGGAGGCGGACCAAUUCAAGUUCAUGUCGCACAUCGCCAACGGUAAAGAUGCUCUUAUUUUCACCGUUCUGAGGGAGUGCCUUCCCUCACCCCAGCACGUUUAGGGUUUUUAUCUGAACCUCGGUUGACCUUUUUUAUUACAAACACAAGCACAACGGCUUGAUUUUUUUUUUUAUUAUCAUUAUUAUUUUGUAACUUUUUAGGUGAAAAAAACAGGCAACAAACCUGAGAAAAGUUCAGUAUUUUUGUCUUGAUGGAGGACUAAAAACGACAAGAUAAAAAUAUAUACAUGUAGACAAAUAAACACAUUUUAUUACAAACAAAAUAUAUAAAUUAUUCUAAAAAAAAACAAAAAACAACACAUUUAAUUUUAUAAAUGCAUUCCAUUAUUUUAUAGUCCGAGCAUGUUAACUUAAUGCUAUGUUUAAAUCCACCUUCGAAAGCUCUGGAUGAGAAAAUAUCUCUCCUUUUUCACUUUACAUUGGGACACUGCUAAGCUAGCUAAAAACGCGAUUUUAGCUAGCUAAAAAAAUAACAUUCUCUAGCAGCCGUAUCAUGUUUUAAAUGUGUGGAGCGAAUAGAUCUGUGUAAUAAUUUAUGUUCCCUCACACUGAAGUAAAUGUCUCUCCGCUGCACCUUAGCAACGACUGUUUACGUUAGCCACGCCCACAUGGUAACGUGAAAUGCGUUCAGCUUGGGACAGGCUCUCAAUUCUGUGGUUCGAGUGCAUCGUUGGGGGAGGGGCGUCGAUGCACUCGCCAGAGGAAAAAGGGAAACAAAAGUUCAUGACAUUUUUUCACCAAGUGGACGUUGUGUGUGUGUGUGUGUGUUUAAAGAAAAAGUUUAGCAAAAGUCGGAAAAGGUCCGUCUUCGUUGUGAUGUCAGAUUUUGGCACCUUUAUAAAAGGUUAGAGGUCACGUCUAAAUCAGGUUUUUUUCAGGUCUAGAUUUUACGAUUUGAAUUCAAGUUUUUGUCGACUUUGAAGAAAAUUUUGAUAUUUGCUUAACGAAUUCUCAUUCUUCUCCUGAGCUCAGUCCAUGAACAAUACAUGUAGAAAUACAGAAAUAUUUUCACUAUUUUUUCAAUUUAAAGAUAAAAACAACACGUAAUCUGUUGUGUAUUUCUGUAUUUUUACAGUUUUUCUUCUUUUUUAAGUCAUUUUCAGUCCUCCGUACUCACAAGUAGAGAAGAAAGAUUAGCUCCGUUUCCUCGGGAAUCUUAAGCUCCUCCUCCUUCGGGCUUGCAGACCCCUCCUAACAAAAGAGGGGGUGGGGCCAGCAUGACUUUGGAACCUGUUCCAAGCUGCAUGCACAUUUUUUUGUAAACCAAUACGACCCAGAAAAAAAAAAAGCUAAACGUAAAAAAAAAUGUACGAACUAGAUGUUAGUUCCAUGUACCGUAGGGCCGCUUGUAUGUUGCAUGCAGUUGUACAGUUUGCUCGUACUUGAAUAUUAAAGAGGUUAAACCGAGAAGCCAUUUUCAUAACGCGGCGACGUCCGAAAUCAGCUGCAGUCUGUCCGGUGCUGAAUGUCUCAGAGCGAACCCCGAGGUUACCCCCCCGUCUGUCCUUUAGCGUCCAGAAAACGUACUGUACUGUACAGUUGUACUGCAGACCUCACAGCACCUCCUGCAGGAGGAACAGACCACGUCCGAAUGAACUCCACGCAGCGUUCCAACACGUCAGCUGUCCGGUUACUCGAGGAAUCAACGCAGAGUCUUACUGUAAAUACCCGACAGCUUUUUGCUGGAUUUUUCCUUGAUUAUUGGACCAAGUUGAUGAACAAGCACACGCGAACUUCACUUUUGAACCAAACGGGCCAUGUUUGUCUCACUUCACAGCCGUUUUCUUUCCAUCGUCUGGUGAAGUUGGUUUUUUUCCUGUUUUUUCUUUUUUUUUUUUUCUUUUUUUUUGUCAGUAUUAACAGGAAAUAAAAUUGCUGAUUGUUUACAAACUCCUGCGCUCCACUGUAACGAAACAAACAAAAAAAAAGAUUAGAGAAAAUUAAAAAAAGUUCACUGCAAUGUUUCUUGUUUGUACAACAGAUGUGGCUCAAAUGAUGUGUAUGUUUUAUAUAUAUAAAUAUAUAUUAAAAAAAAGUUCAUUUUUAUUAUUUACAAAUAAAAAAGGAUGUGUGGAUAAAU